GGGAGAACAAGAGUUGCAUCUGCGCAGCCGCAGUAAGGGUUGUUAUGAAGUAGCGGGAAAUGUUACCCACUCGCAGAUCAAGAAAUACCUUCCAGCUAACGACGAUGCAGUCCAAACGGGAAAAUCAGGGCAAGUCGCAGGUCAUCUCUCCAGUUCUUUUCAUGACUGUGGAUGGUGAACCCAUGCGUUUCUUCCUGUGCCCGGGACCAGCCAAGGUGGAGCUCUUGCCCAGCAUCAAGGCAGGGGGAGGAAUGGUGUGCAAAGCUCAGGAGCCGGGGGCUGUCCUGCUUGUGGACCCCAAUGAGAUGGGGUCUCUCACGCAGAGCACAGCUCACUGGUACGUGUCUGCUCAAUACAUCCGGGACUGCAUAAAGAAGAAUGAGCAGCUCGAGCUGGAAGACUACAGGAUGAAGCCCGAUGCCGCAGACGUACAAUCUACCAAGAAGAGGGCAGCCAGGACCAGCACUUCCUCAGGUAGAAUACCUUACACUUCUGAAGAGGACGCCGCCAUCAUCGGCUAUGUCGCCACGCUCAAGGAUAAGCUCAAAGGCAACCUGCUGUGGAAGCAAAUGGCAGAAAUUCACUUGACCCAACACAGCUGGCAGUCCAUGAAGUACCAUUACAUCUACAAACUGAUGGACAGAGCAACAGAGGCCAAGGAGCAAGGCAGACGAAAUGGAGACUCCAUGGCAGACGACAAACGAUCCGAUGUCCAACCGACAGCUGACCCCCCUUCUGACCCGGAUGUGACUCUCGCGGAGGAGGAGGUGGAGGAGGAGGAGAAGGAGGUGGAGGAGGAGGUGAAGGAGGCAGAAAAGGAGGAGGAGGAGGUGGGGGAGGAGGCAGAGGAGGAGAACGAGGUGGAGGUGGCUCUUCCAGCAGGGCUGCCUGUAUCCCCGCAGCACAACCCGUCUCCCGACACGCCACAGCAGAGCUCCUUCCAUCUCCUGAUGCUGCCUGACACGCCGCCGUUGGAGCCGCCGUCCAGAAAGAAAGCCAGAACGUCGUCGCCUCGCGGCUCGCCAAAGGCAUCAACAUCAGCAGGAACGCCAUCGUCAAGACCUCCCCCACCCCCACGCCCAUCCCCACCACCACGUCAGCCCAUCGAGGGUGACCUCUCAGCAGACGGGGCUUCUAAUCCAGUGAUCCAGAAUGAGGCGGAGAAAACCGGAAAGAGUGGAGAAAAAAGGAAGUUGGGGAUCCUGGAGAUUGCUUCUGAAGAGUUUGAAGAUGACAGUGAGUCUGAUUAUGAGGAGGCCCAUGAUGUGCCUGAGCCCAUGAGCACCCAGCAACCCAGGGCAACGACCUCAAAGCACCCUAUGGGAACGCCCGAUAUGCCCAUGGAAACCAGAACUGUGGUAGAAACCGGACCUACUCCCAAGCCACACCUCUUCAUAUUUGACAGAGAAUCGCAGGAGGAAGGCUCCCAGCCAAUGGAAUGUGAGGGCGCAGCAGUCCCUGCUGGCCCUCAGCCAAUAAGCAAAGAGGCAGAAGUGGAGUCAAUGACCCAGGUGCAGUUGAAAGAGGACAUGCAGCGAAUAAGAGCGCUGAUGAAGCAGACUAACCAGAACCUUGUGAGCGUGACCAAGGCUCUGCUGAAGACAAGCGGAGACUUCAGCUCUGCCCUGGCUCUCCUGCUGAGGCCCGACUCGGCCCGGGGCCCCUUCUGGAGCCAAAGCGACGACCGGCUGCUGAUGACCUCUGACUCCGAGGCUCGCCAGCAACUCCAGAAGAGGUACGGCGAGCAGGGCGUGGCCAAGAGGUUGGUAUUCCUGGAGGGGGCGAAUGAUGCGGACGAUCCGCCAGAACUCAAUGUGCAUAAUAUAUGAACAGGUCUCCAUGUGUGCGCUCGUAAUGAGUUGAAACAACUGACGUUUCAUUAUGUGAUCAUGCACAUUUUUUAAAUUCUGUUAAUACCAUUUUUAUCAUUCUGUAUUCUUGCGUAGAAUAGGUUAUUUUCGAGUUUCGAAAAGACCAUCAAAGGGCCAUAGUUUAACCGACAGGUGUCCAUCCUGGAUAUUCUCAACCAGUCUGGAAUAGCAAAUUACUAUAUUGUAUUUUCUCCAAACAAAAUGUAUUCGUCUAUUUUAAAUGUUGGCUUAUUUUUUUACUUUACCUGUAGCAGCCUUGUAAUGUAUCCAUAUCCGGUUUAACUUUAUUCGAUUUGAAGUGUUAAUUAAAUUGUAAAGCACCUUGUCUUUCAACAACAGGCCUAUCGUUGUGUAUAAUUAAGUUAAUUUUAGCAGUGUUCAUACAUUUUGCUAAUAGCUGUGUGAUGCAAACUAAAGAGAAACGAUUCAAAUCUUUUGCUACUGUUUUUUUUUUCCUUUAAGAUUAUGAGUCUGAGGAAGGAUAAUAUUAAGAUGCAUAAAAUGUAAUAAAAUUUAAUUUAAAUUGACAGUC